AUUAUCGUACGACAGAAUAGACAUUUCCGGACGUUUAAACGGUUACCCGUUUUUAGUCGAAUCACCUUCCGACAUAUUACGAUUUGAAGGGGCGCUUAGAAGGUACCCGAGAAAAACAAUCGGUAUCCUGGUGGUCCCCUCAAAAAAACUGUAUACUCCUGAAAUGAUAGAAAUGGCAAAAACGUCUCCGGUUUUAUUCAUCAUCACAGAUAGUGACAACAUAUGUAAAGAUCUCAAAUCCUUUGUCGAACCUCGAUGUAGGCAAC